AUGGGCUCCGAGUACAGGGUGAGCCCUUUCCACUUCCACAUGGACCGGCAGAGCUCGCUGGAGACGCUGGUGGACGUGCUGGUGAGCGUCCUGCAGGCCAACAACUGGCAGGAGACCAACCUGGUGCUCUGCCACCCCUGGGACGUCUCCGGCUUCCUCAGCCUCUGGGCCCACCGCUCCCAGCUCUUCCUCCGCACCGUCCUGGACCUCGGCUACCUGGACGAGCCUGGGGCCACCCACUACCUCCGGCAGCACGGGGAGCGCUUCAGGGCCCUCUCCAGCCCCGUGCUGGUGCUCGGCUGCGACCUGCAGCGCGCUCGGCUCAUCUUCCGGGUGGCUGAGGAGUCAGGGCUGCUGCCGCAGGAGGUUCACUGGAUGCUGGGCUCCCCGCCCCGCGGCCGGGAGCCAGAUGAGGAUGGGAGCUGCCCGGCCGGGCAGCUCUGCCUGGACCCCGGCACCAAUGACUCGGCCGUGCUGGAUGCCCUCUUCGAGGAGCUCGGUGCUGAGAACGGCUCGGUGCCGCAGGCGUACAAGAAGUGCUGCUACGGAUACUGCAUCGACCUGCUGGAGAAGCUGGCCGAGGACGUGCCCUUCGACUUUGAGCUCUACAUUGUGGGUGAUGGGAAAUACGGGGCUUGGAAGAACGGGCGCUGGACGGGGCUGGUGGGGGACCUGCUCAGUGGCACGGCCCACAUGGCCGUCACCUCCUUCAGCAUCAAUUCGGCACGGAGCAAAGUCAUCGACUUCACCAGCCCCUUCUUCUCCACCAGCCUGGGCAUCUUGGUGAGGACCAAGGACACGGCAUCGCCUAUCGGGGCCUUCAUGUGGCCCUUGCACUGGACCAUGUGGGUGGGCAUCUUUGUGGCCCUGCACAUGACCGCACUCUUCCUCACCCUGUACGAGUGGAAGAGCCCCUACGGCAUGACCCCCCACGGCCGCAACCGCAUGAAGAUCUUCUCCUACUCCUCAGCCCUCAACCUCUGCUACGCCAUCCUCUUUGGGCGCACCGUGUCCAGCAAGACGCCCAAGUGCUGCACUGGCCGCUUCCUCAUGAACCUCUGGGCCAUCUUCUGCCUCCUGGUGCUCUCCAGCUACACGGCCAACCUUGCGGCCGUCAUGGUGGGGGACAAGACCUUUGAGGAGCUCUCGGGCAUCCACGACCCAAAGGGACACCCUGGCCCAGCUCGGCCCAGCCGCAGACAGCAGUGGUUAGGAGGAGGAAGCCCUACAGACACGACGCGCUCCCGCGUCGCCCCGCUCUACCUACAAGCGUAA